AGGGGGCGCGCGAUUGUCGCAGUUGAGCGUGUGCGGUGUGAGUGAGCGUACACACGCAUCAUGCUGCCGCCGUCGCUACGCAGCAUAAGCACAGUGGGUGAACGGCAGUAGGCCAGGCGGUUAAAAAUAAACACCACACCCUCACACGCAACCACAGUGCCCGGUAGGGAGAGAAGGGGUUGGUGCGACUCUCAGCCCGGCCAGGUAAUGAUGCUAGACGAUGAUGGGCGAUGAUAGCGCAAUGAGCUCGGCUUGCAUGCCUAACGCAACUUCGCGCAUCUAUCGGACGUUGUGGUUCGGACGUGAGUGCGCACGCCUCACGCCUCAGCCCUCCAGUUGGCUGCGUCAAGUGGUGCAAAGAACGACAUUGAAAAAACGGUGCAUCACCGUGUGUGUGUGUGAGUGUGUGGUGUUGGGGGGGGCGAGCUAUUUCCAACGUUUACGGCUGCAGUGGUAUAAUCUUAUACAUAUCCUCCUUCAAUCCACCAGCCCGAACUAGCGAGAGUGUCGCAGCCGUUGAUUGUGCCGUCAGUGCGCGUGUUUAUGAGUGGCCUUUCAAUUUGUUAUCUAAUGUGCAGGCGAGUGGUACAGGUUGCAGCGAGACAGAUCCAGUAAAGUGUACUGCUGCUGUUUUGUCGCGGAACUGUUCUGUGCCAAUCAACUUGUUGUGUGUGUGUGUGUGUUUGUGUGUGUUGAAAAAGUCAUGCUUCCGGUCAUCGGAUUGCUAAACAACUGCUGAUCUCACCCACUGAUUGCCGCCGUCCGUAAACUUGACCAUCGAACAGCGUUAAAUGGAUACGAUGAACCCCGUGGACGAACGGCUACCAAAGCUAGAGUUUACGCUUUCUACGGACGAAGAAAAUGCGCUCACCCUGUACGAGGAGCUCGAGCAGACGGACAUCAACCCGACCAACCUCAACGUCAACUGCUGCUGCGGUCUGUUGCGCACCUCGCCCUUCCACCAGCCAAAAUCUACCACCUCCAGCCCUACCGGCCGGCGCCAGCUAGACGAUGCACAAAGCGUACAUCAUCGCCAUCACCAUCAUCACCACCAGCAGCAACAGCAGCAUUCCGAGGACACCGAUCCGAACGUUCACGUUUCGACCAGCGACGAGGACUACCGGUGCGACAACACACUGUCCGACAGAUGGCGGGACAGCGUGACGCGUCGCAACGAGCGGUACCGCACGUUCGGGCUGCUCGAGUCUAGCAUACUGAACAGCUUCCAGCUGCAAAACUUUCGCCGCAAGACGCCCAGCGUGUUCGACUCGUCCAGCUCCUCGGGGCAGACGAGCUGCAGCUCGACCGCAUCGAGCAUGAUCGACGACAUAUCGGACAAGAUCGAGGAGAUCGGCAAGCUCGACACGAACAUCCACUCGCUCAUGUACAAAUCGGUCGAGCUGCAUAAUGACAUACUGUCCUUGGAAGCGACUACUAACCGCCUCAUUGCCGACGCGAAGAAACUCUCAGACGAUCUGGACGAUGUACGAUUCCUGGACGAGCUGAUCGCCAUCCUGAACGGCGACAUCGGUCCGGUGAUACAUCGCGAAUGGCCCUACAAAAUCGACACCGACGCACCGAUCGAAGAAGGCACCCCGGUCACCUAACCUGCCCGGUUUCGUUUCGCCAAUCUCGGCACACGCCUAAUGCGUGCGUGCGUUCGUGUGCCGCUUGUGCUGGGGAAGCCGCCAUCGCCAUCGUGCCCAGCUGUUUUCAGUACGCGCCGGUCCGGCCGGUCUUAUUAUACCCCUAUUACACUCCGAUAGAUCCUCGUGACUGCAUGUCGGCGGCUUUGUAGUGCCUCGGCGGUGGUUCAAAAGACACGCGAACGAACGCAACGGCACAUCCAAAGACCGAACGGAGAACCUCCAAAUCGAUAGCGUAUCUAACGUUGCAACUUCUUGCUAAGUGCGUACCGUGCACUGCUCCAUUGUCCAUCAUAGCCACAGCGAGACACAGCGCUGAGACACACCAAGCAAAUGUCCUCGUCCUCGACGAUAAUUGGCUUACGGGCACGGUGUUGGAAUACAAUACCUUUCCCUCUUCCUUUGUGACAUAUCCAAUAUUCGAUUUAACGCUUCCGGGAACAGCACCGAUUUUGUUGCUUGUACCGCGCGUUGUGUGUCCCCUGUUGCUUGGCCCGUUUCAACGCUGCCGCUGCUUCUU